AUCAGAGUCAAUCUUUAUUUAUUAUUACAUCGUGGUUAAUGAUAAAAAAUUGAGAUAAAAAACUGUACAAAUAGGAGGAACAAAAAGAAUGUAUCGCCAAUAAGUUAAAAAUAAAUUUUUAAAAAAUAAAAAAUACUUUACCGCAUGAAUGAAAAUGUAUUUUGUGAUAAAAUUCUAUAUAUUGAUAAUCUUUUUAUCGGAUGGCGCAUUCUCACAAAGAUUGGAUGCUGUUAUUCCUAACAAUCAGAAGGAAAAAUUAAACUCUUGUCAACUAAAAAUAAAAGAAGCUGUUUCAAAAUGUUUAUCCGAUUCACUUGAAAAGAUAUGCGAAGAAAAGUAUUCGGAUGAAUCAGUAAGUAAAGACAGUGAAAAUUCGUAUUCUUCAAUAUCAUCAAUCUCAUCUUCGUCACCAUUCGAUGUUAAAAAAUUUGAUUGGAGUAAUAAUAGUCCUUUGGCCAAGCCAUCAGAUUUUUAUCCAAAGGAAAAGAAAACAUUUAAUCCACCGAGAGCACAGAGUUCAAUAAAAACCAAGGACGAAACACUUGAAAGAUUUUCAAGUAAAUUAAGUGAUAAUACAGAAUCAUUGAGACCUCGGGUAACUGACAAAAUAGCAAGUACCUCAUUAAAAAUGGAUAAUUCGGAUAGAAAAAACAAUGGUGAUGUUAUAAUUUCCACUACAAUUCCAAAACUUGAUGUGAAGAAGGAAAUUAAGAAACUACCAUCUGGAGAAAACCUUAAAAUAAGAUGGAAACGUGAAAAUGGUCAAUGGAUAAAUUAUGUUUCUACAGAUACUAAUAAAAAAUAUUAAUUGUAUUUAUUCUGUGUAAUAUAAUUUAAUAAUAAUAGAAUCGCAUUUAAAAGUA